AUGUCUCCUCCAGAAUCCAGCCGACUCACAUGGACGCGCCGGCUGCUCGUCUCCGCUGCUGCGAUGCUAAUGAUGGCAUCACUCCCUGUGUCAGCUGUGGAACCAGAGACGUGUUUCUCCAGACAACACCAGAACGCUAUUGUCAAUUUCAGACUGGCAUUAACCAGAGCGGUGACGGCCAAUGACGCUCGGGUGGUGCGGUCCGAGAGGGACUGUGUCCUCGCAUGCUGCUCAGAGGAGAUUAAACCAGGUGCCAAGUGCAACAUGGCUGUGUUCAAUGCCAACAAGCACGCCGGUGACGACAACUGCUUCCUGUUCCACUGUCAGACGGAGCAGGACUGUCCUCUAAUGAAGGCUCAGGAGGGCAUCAACACCUACGACAUCUACAAAGAGGCAGAACAUAGAACAACUGACAAACCACAGCCCAACGGAGGAACUACCAUUACCACUACUACAACUACUCCUCCUCCACCUACUACACCCACUACUACCCCCUCUACUACUACUGCUCUUCAUCCCACUACUACACCUACCACCACCACUACUAUACCUACCACCACCACUACUAUACCUACCACCACCACUACUAUACCUACCACCACCACUACUAUACCUACCACCACCACUACUAUACCUACCACCACCACUACUAUACCUACCACCACCACUACUAUACCUACCACCACCACUACUAUACCUACCACCACCACUACUAUACCUACCACCACCACUACUAUACCUACCACCACCACUACUACUACACCUACCACCACCACUACUACUCCUCUUCCUACUAGUACAGUUGCUACCACCACCGAGUUGUCCACCAUGAGGACAGCUCCAGACGCGAGUCUGGUCAUCGUCCCCAAGGGCGCUGUCCAGUCUGACCAGGCGGACCGAACAGGAGCGGCACAGGGCGCGGUGAAGAGUGGCGUGGUGGCGUUCACGGUGUUGGGGCUUGCUGUGCUCACAUUGGCCCUAGCCAUCGGUGGCCGUAAGGCAAUGGAGUCCUUCGACAGACGGCAUUACACAAGACUGGAGCUCAAUGACCUGCACUAUGAGGUAGGACGACACUGGCCAGGCACUAUUUUCCUAUGAUAAGUGAGUUUGUAAUGGAGCCGAAGCUGUUGCUGCGUCCGUCCACCAGCAGGUGGCAGCAGCAGCUUGAUGAGCCUCCUGAAGCUGCGCUCUUGUUUUCACUUCUAAUGCUUUGGUUUCUACUCUAAUUAAUUAUAUUGCUGGUAAGAGUUUGGUCUUGUUUUGUGAAGUAAUGCUUUUCCAUACAUUUGAUGUUAUGUUCUUGUAAGGAUUAAA